GUGCUGUGAUCGCAAAACCACAAUUAGGUGCAAAUUUUAACCUCUUUGGACCGACAACUGAUUGCCAAACGUGAUGGCGCAUGCUGAACUUCAUCUUUUGCUGAUCGGUAAAACCGGUUCAGGAGUGAGCGCUACUGGAAACACUAUACUGGGAGAAAAAAAGUUCGAAUCUGAGCAGAGCCUGGACUCAAUCACUAAGAGAUGCCAAAAACACACGGCUGAAGUGUCAAACAUAAAAGUUACAGUAAUUGACACUCCAAACUUUGUUAAUUCAAAUGACAUUGAUCUGAAUGUUGAGUUAAAGAUAGGAUUGAACAUGUGCUCUUCAGGAAUCCAUGCCAUCCUUCUGGUUGCCUGUUUAGAUGCCCGACAACAUGCAGAUAUCAUGUCAUUAUAUAAGCAGAUGUUUGGCGAGAACGCCAUGAAAUACACUUUUGUCCUCUUCACACAUGCAGACGAGUUUCAACUUGCAAGAGAAAAUGCAGAGCUGUCCAAACUAAUACCAGAGUUUGGAGGGAGAUUUCACUUACUGAACAACAAAGAUCUGAACGACAGAGAGCAGGUCACCAAACUCCUGAUGAAGAUCCAACGAAUGGUGUCUGAAAAUCAGAACAGCUGCUACACUACACAAAUGUUCAAGAGAAAAUAUCAGUCACACAAAGAAUAUUUGUAUGUAGUCAGUGCUGUCAUUGUGAUUGCAUUGGGUUGUGUUAAUAUGGUGAAUGAAGGUUCUUGGAAAGCAUUUCUGUAUGGUUGUGCUGGGGGGGUCUUAGCAGCA